AUGCUUCAGAAAGCCGAAACGGUUGUCGUUCAAUGUAAAUGAAGUUAAACAAUCGUUGUCGUCAUGCGACAGCUUCGUACUUUAAGACUUUUUUUUUAUUUCCAACAAGCUAACUGCAGUGAUCUCUGAUAAGUAGUCUCUUGGCUAAAUGCCCGAGCGGACAUGGACAUAAACGUUCAACAGUUUUUAAAUUGUUUUUUUCUCAUGAAAAUCAACACUGUAUACAGAGAAGCUGUCCAAAGAGAUCCUAGUGGCAAGAGGGUUCAUUUUAUGGAAACGAUCUUUAAAAUCUUGAUCAUAAUGUACAGCAAAUUAUCACAAUUCGGAUAUUUACAUCAGUGUACUUUUCUGUGACAUUACUGUAUCAAGUUGAUGUCAAAGAAACACCAAGUAUUACUCAUCAGUAUAAAAUGUACGUUUGUGCAGCAACAACAUCACGAACUCGUGCAAGAGGAAAAUUACAAGAGAUUUAUUGAAAUUAAUAAAUUAUAUAAAUAAAAUUAGAAUGAAAGGAAAAAGUACUUUAGACAGUGACGAUGAGUGAGAAACAUGGCAUCACCUGUCAUUUUAAGACAUGAAAGGGCCGUAGCUUCAUCUGUCAGCUUUUCAAGAUCAAGAGGGCAAAGUGAGCAGGCAGAUGAUGAUGAUGAUAUUCAAAUAUCAUUGGCACCUUAUGUACAGAACUACCUUGCACAGAGCGGUCAAAAACUUGACUGUUGUGGGGCAUGUUUGCCAGUGCCAUUUGAAAGAGCAGCAAAACAGUCAUGGUGGGAUCCUCGCUUUGACUCUGAAAUACUUGAGGGGCAGUACCGAUCAAGUUCCUUUCCACAAGUGCGCCUAAGAUUCCAAUAUGCUCUUGUGUAUAUCCUUGCUGUAUCGUUUUCAUGGUUUGUAUACUUCAUUGUGACUGGUGCAACUGGCAGAAUACAACACUGGAUUCCUGUGUCUGCUGUCUUUGCUGUACUAUUAAUUAUAAUAGGCCUGAUUUUAGCUGUAACAUACAGACGUUUUUACAGAACUUAUGCAUUUCCCAUUUCCAUAUUUGUGGCUGUCAUUAUUUGCAUCUUACUACUCGUGUUUAUUAUUCUGAAUUCCUCAAAUAGCAAGGCAAGUAGUAUCACCCCUGUAGGACAAUUUUCUCUUUGUAUUGAAACAUUGCUUAUUAUAUACACUGUGAUACAGCUACCUCUCUAUGUGUGUGUAGCCAUUGGUAGCAUUUUUUCAAUAUUAUUUGAAUGCUUGAUUGCUACAUUGUACUUUAAAGAAGAUUAUGGUGUGAAUACAAACACUGGUGUUGUAGUUCGGACGUUACUGCAUAUUGUUGUGCAUUUAAUCGGCAUUCAUGUUCUCAUAAUGACAAAUGCUAGAAUGCGUGGAACUUUCAUGAAAGUGGGCCAGUCAUUAUUAGUUAGAAGACAGCUCGAAAUGGAGAAACAGUUGAAGGAGAAGAUGAUACACUCAGUGAUGCCACCCAAGGUUGCGGACUGGCUAAUGUCGGAAACUGGUGGUGCCCAGGAAGAUGAAUAUGAAGAUAGUGAAUCAUUGCAGAAACCAACACAUGGCAAGAAUCAUGCUAGUGGUGGAAAUGAUAUUCGUUCUCUGUUCCGUCCUUUCAAUAUGAACCGAAUGGAAAAUGUCAGUAUACUAUUUGCUGACAUUGUAGGUUUUACACGAAUGAGCUCCAAUAAGAGUGCCGAAGAACUUGUUGGCAUAUUGAAUGACUUAUUUGAACGAUUUGAUGAUCUCAGUGCUAAGCAUGGCUGUGAGAAGAUUUCAACAUUGGGUGACUGCUACUACUGUGUUGCUGGUUGUCCUGAGCCUAAACUUGAUCAUGCAAAGGCCUGUAUAGAAAUGGGGCUUGAUAUGAUUGUUACAAUCAAACAGUUUGAUGCAGAAACAAAUGAAGAUGUGAACAUGAGAGUAGGUGUUCAUACAGGAACUGUGUUGUGUGGUAUAGUUGGAACCCGUCGAUUCAAAUUUGAUGUUUGGUCAAAUGAUGUGACAUUUGCCAAUCAAAUGGAAUCAACAGGGAAACCUGGUCAAGUACAUAUUUCUGAAGUUACUGCAAGAUUUCUGAAUAAUGAAUAUGUGUUAGAGGAAGGUGACACUGUCCAAGGUACAAAGACAUAUUUUGUUGUUGGUAGAAAAUGUGAGUUCCGGAAACCCCAUUCACCAACAGCAGUCACUGGAGGAACACAUUUGGAGAUAUCCCCAAGUUUACAGCCACGCAUCCGUGUCCAGUCUUGUGUGCAGAGUAGUGCCAUACGUCCACACUACUUGCAUUUGAUGACAGAUGUUGGUGUGCGGCAAGCCAAAGCAUGUUCACUUCCCAGUAUACUAGAUUCUGACAAUGAAGAUGAAGGCUGUGAUGUGCGACAACUCACUAAAAGUCCAGUAUCCUUGGCUGGUACCAGCUUCUCUCCAAAAUACAAACCAUGGCGUUAUCACAGAAAACUUGUUGUGAAUUCAGAAGAAACAGAGCCACUUGGUUUACAAGGAGUGAGCCGUUCUUCUCCACCAAUGAUUAGAGCACCUGCAGCAGAAAAUAAGGAAAAUGGAGUUCAUCAAGGUGUAGAACCUCAUGCUGAAACAGAGCAACUGAGGCCAGUUAGCACUCUCGGGGUUCCAGUCUCAAGCAGUGAUCAGCUAAGCAUGUGUGCAUCUGUUAACAGCCGCAAAGAUUCUGGAAUUCGUAGCAACAGCCGUCGCAGUAGUAUUCAACAACAGAUAUUUGUGAUGAAUGGUAUAGUCCAUGGGGAUCUGCUUACACACCGUGUGAGUGGUUAUUACACAUCAAGCCAGUCUUCUGUUAAUGAAGCAGAUGGUGAUCCAGAUCGGAGACCAGUUCAGUUGCCACCACCAUUAUCAGAUAACUUGGGAAUGUGUUUCCAAAGUCUUCGAAAGCAGUCAGAUCUACAGUUGAUAAAAUGUGUGCAGGACAGCGCUACAUCACAGCGAAGCUAUUUUGUAAAGCCGCCUCUACGUGGUUUCUCAUUGUUUUUUCGGCAGAAGGAAAUGGAAAAAGAAUAUAGAGCCAAUGCUCAUCGUGUGACUGACAAGACUGCUGAUUCUCCUCCAACUUUAGCUACUUCAAGAUAUAAUACAUACUUCGACAUUCUCAUAUCUGCAUUAGUUUAUCUUGCAGUCACAGUUUCUCUUUUCCUGUUAUACAGGCCCACAGUUGCUUGGAUUUCUGUUUGUGUGGGAGCAACAACAGUGCAACUCAUAGCAGUGUUUCUUUGUAUCAGUCAACUGGUUGCAGCAAGACAUGUGAGUUUAAUUGGAAAAAGGAUCUCCAAAAGACUCUUGAAAAUUUUCUCAAGCUGGUACCCAUGGCAUUUUAUUGGGGCUGUCCUUGUGAGCUUGCCUGUCAUAUCUGUUCUUGUAAAUUUUGUAUGUUUAAAUUUUGAAGAAGCUUCAAAUGCAGACUUUUAUUAUAGUUACUUGUUAUUUGUCAGUCUGGUUCACUUUUGUAACUUUACCCAACUAAAUUGCUGGAUGAAAAGUUGCUUGGCCACACUUGCCGGAGUUUGCUACAUUGCAUUAAUAGCUAGUCACACUUGCCCAUUUUUUAUUAACAUACCAAGCAAUUUUUCAACAUGGCUUAGAAGUGUAAAUGCCAGUAAUGAAAGUAUUUAUAAUUGGAAUGGCCAAAUAAAAUUAGCUGUUAGGAACUCCAUACAUAAUGGAAUUGCUGCUUCUGAGUUGAGUACAAAAGAAGUAAACAUUUCCAGAAAAUCUGAAGCAUUUCUGUAUGAACAUGUAUAUCACAUAAAUAAUUUGUAUCAUGGAGAAAUUUUUCUAGAUGUUUUAAUGUUACUCAUAUUAGUUUGGUUUUUGAAUCGUGAAUUUGAGAUAAGUUACAGAUUGAGUUUUCAUGGAAAUGUAGUAGCUGCAAGAGAUAAGGCAAGGGUUCAGAACAUGAAAAAUCAGGCAGAUUUACUCUUGCAUAAUAUUAUUCCGAAGCAUGUGGCAGAUCAGUUAAAGAACACUGCCAAGUAUUCUGAAAACCAUCAUGAUGUUGGUAUAAUAUUUGCUUCUAUUGUAAACUUCAAUGAAAUGUAUGAUGAAUCUUAUCUUGGAGGAAAGGAAUAUUUGAGAGUUCUUAAUGAACUGAUUGGAGACUUUGAUGAAUUAUUAACAAAACCAGAAUUUCGAAAUGUAGAAAAAAUCAAAACUAUAGGAAGCACUUUUAUGGCAGCAUCAGGUCUGAAUCCAGGUGUACGUAGACAAAGUCAGCAUCCAAAUCAACAUUUGUUUGAAUUAAUGGAGUUCGCUAUAGCUAUGCAAAAAGUAAUUGAUGAUUUCAACCGUAAUUUAUUAGAAUUCAAUUUAGUUUUGCGAGUGGGUUAUAAUUUUGGUGAUGUAACAGCUGGUGUCAUAGGAACAAAGAAACUGUAUUAUGAUAUUUGGGGAGAUGCUGUUAACAUUGCUAGUCGAAUGGAUUCAACAGGUAUUCGUGGUAGAAUUCAAGUUGGUGGAGCUUGUUUGCCCAUAUUGUCAGAACGAUAUGAAUUUGAACCGAGAGGUUCAGUUUACGUUAAAGGUAAAGAUCAUAUGGAAGUUUUCCUUUUAAAAGGGAGAUGUGGAGAAGUAAGUGCAGUCAGUGGUUGAGAGGUGAUAACGUAAAUGUUAACUUGCAAUGAAUUUGGUACCAUGUAUCAUUUAAAUGCCAAAUAUUUUACACAAAUUAAAUCUUUCAUGGUGAAGUAUAAUUAUGGAGUCUAUUCACUGCACAAUGUAAUGGAAAAAGAAGAAAGUAUUCUUGAUUGUCUUGAUUAACUUGUACACUCAUCUACUUUGAAGUACUGUCACUGAAUUAAACUACUUUCUUGUACAUCCUCCAGAAAUCCAAAUACCAUCCUGAUGCUUGUGCAUAGGUCACCACAUCAUUAUAAUUUCAGCUUAUAUUUUUGGUGCUUUUGUAAUGGCUGAUCAUUUUGUUAUUUUAACGUGGUCUUCAUAAACAAUUAACUUGGAGAAACUGCCACAACUGGAGUGAAUGAAUGAGAUUUUAUAUGCAGCAUUCUAAUAUCAUAAUCAUGCACAAGAGAACAAGUUAAUUUGGAUAUCUCUCGUUGAUUCAGCUUAUCAGUACUGGGCCUCAAUUACUGUUAAGAGGAGGCUGAUUGAUUCUUCCUAUACAUAUAGUUAGUGAUUCCUGUGUUGUGGCUCUCUCUCUCUCUCUCUCUCUCUCUCUCUCUCUCUCUCUCUCUCUCUUUUGUACAGUAUUCAUUUCUGUGCUAUGCAACAUACUGAUAAUCAGAAAGUAAGGAAAGUAAGUUUUCUGUUACUAUAACAUGUGAUAGGACUUAGAUAUUCAUGCUAUUUCUUGCAUCUCUAAGCCAGUCUUUAUACAGUGAUGCUAUGCCAAAUUGUACCACAUGGAAGUAUUAUGAAGUUAUGAGAUCCCACAUUAAUUUUGUUUCUUAAACAAAAUUUUAUUUGGGAAUUAUUGUUUGUUUAUUCCAUGCUGUUCAUCUGCUGCUGCUGCUAACAGCCUCCUGUGUUACAUGAGCAUGCACAUAAUUACAGUAUCAGAACCUCAUAUUUGCAUAACCAAUA